AUGGAACCUGUUUUGCGUCCGGACCGGUUGGAUUUGGACCCUCAAGACCCUGACGCAGCUCUCGCUUUUGAACACUGGCUUGCAUGCUUCCAAUCGUACUUGGCGGAGCUUCGUGCGACUGAACCCGCCGUUAUGCACAGAAUCCUACUCUCGAGGGUCACCCCCAAAGUUUACUCCAUUAUCCGGGACCUGCCGACCUACGAAGGGGCACUGGACGCCCUCAAACGACAGUACCUGCGGCCGGUGAACACCGUCUACGCAAGACAUCGCUUAGCUACCCGGCAACAGCGGCCUGGCGAAUCGUGCGCUGAGUUUCUCCGAGCACUACAGACACUCGUCCGAGCUUGUGACUGCAAGACGCUCACGGCAGAACAACAUGCGGAGCUGCUGGUGCGAGACGCCUUUGUGACGGGACUGAGGUCAGUGUACAUGCGCCAGCGGCUGCUGGAGAACUCGGAUCUUACCUUAAGCUCGGCGAUAGAGAAGGCCAACGCUCUAGAAGCUGCGCGGCAUAACGCCGAUGCUGUCCAGUCGCGCGAUUCCCCGCCGGUUUCGUGGACGCCUCAGACCCCGCCACCGCCGGCUCCCGGGAGCGAAUUCGCCAACGCCGCCGCCAGUCGCCAUUCCACGAGCUCCCCGACCCAGACCACGGCUGUGGCCCGUCAGAAACUCGUGCUUUGUUAUUUCUGUGGCCAAAAGAAACAUCCUCGACAACGCUGUCCAGCGCGAGAAGCGACCUGCUCCAGCUGCGGAAAGCGGGGCCACUUCGCCAAGGUCUGUAAGUCUCAACCUCGAGCGGAGUGCAGCGCUGCGGGUGAAACGUGGGGGCCGCCAUCUUGCAUGCCGGGAUGUGGGCGGCCAUCUUUGUCGACGUCAGCACGCCCCGCCCCCGAUCCUCGGAUGCUGACCGGGUACCCCGGAUGUGAGCGGCCAUCUUUGUCGGCGUCAGCAUGCCCUGCCCCCGACCCUCCGAUGCUGACCGGGUACCCCGACGGCGAUCCAACUCUGGCCACUGUGACUCUCGACCAAAGCGCCCCACACCAGCUUGCAAGAUCCAUGAUGGACAUCCAGGUGGAGGGGCAUUGGACUGGAUGCCUGUUUGACACGGGCAGCACUGGGAGUUUUAUUUCCACUCUCAAGAUCCCUCCCCCACCGCUGUUCGCCAACCUGACCCCCGACUGUAAACCUGUGGCAACCAAAAGCAGGAGGUACAGCGCGGGGGACCGGGCCUUCAUUCGGUCGGAGGUGCAGCGGCUGCUCAGGGAGGGGAUCAUUGAGCCGAGCACAAGCCCUUGGAGGGCCCAGGUGGUUGUUGUUCGGACUGGGCAGAAAAAUAGGAUGGUGGUGGACUAUAGUCAAACCAUCAAUAGGUUUACGCAGCUUGACGCAUACCCCCUACCCCGCAUCGCGGAUAUGGUCAACCAGAUUGCUCAGUAUAAGGUGUACUCGACAAUAGAUCUGAAAUCCGCUUAUCACCAGCUCCCCAUCUGCCCAGAGGACCGCCCCUACACCGCCUUCGAGGCGGGCGGCCGGCUCUAUCACUUCCUGCGCGUCCCUUUCGGUGUCACGAAUGGUGUCUCUGUCUUCCAGAGGGAAAUGGACCGGAUGGUGGACCAGUACCGACUGCAGGCCACAUUUCCCUAUCUGGAUAACAUCACCAUCUGUGGUCAUGACAGGCCAGAUCACGACGCCAACCUCCAACGGUUUCUCCAAGUGGCUGCAGCUCUGAACCUUACUUAUAACAGGGACAAGUGUGUUUUUGGUACCACCCGCCUUGCUAUACUUGGGUAUGUCGUGGAAAACGGGGUUAUUGGGCCUGAUCCCGAACGUAUGCGCCCCCUGUUAGAGCUCCCUCUUCCCACCACUCUCAAGGCCCUCAGACGGUGCCUGGGGUUUUUUUCCUAUUACGCCCAAUGGGUCCCCCAUUACGCAGACAAGGCUCGCCCCCUGGUCAAGUCUACCUCGUUUCCCCUCUCUGCUGAGGCCUGCGCGGCCUUCAACUGCAUUAAAGCGGACAUUGCCAAAGCUACGAUGCAUGCAGUGGACGAGACCGCUCCCUUCCAAGUGGAGUGUGAUGCCUCCGAUUUCGCUCUGGCUGCUACCCUUAAUCAGGAAGGCAGACCAGUAGCAUUCUUUUCUCGCACCCUCCAAGGCUCUGAAAUUCGGCACUCUGCGGUGGAGAAAGAAGCCCAGGCCAUAGUGGAGGCUGUUAGGCACUGGAGACACUAUCUUGCUGGCAAAAGAUUCACUGUGCUGACCGACCAGCGCUCGGUUGCGUUCCUGUUCAGCAACCAACAGCGGGGCAAGAUCAAAAAUGAUAAGAUUUUGCGGUGGAGGAUAGAACUCUCCACCUACACCUAUGAUAUCCUGUACCGGCCUGGCAGACUCAAUGAGCCCCCUGAUGCCCUACCCCGGGGAACAUGUGCUAGCACGCAGCUCGACCAGCUGUACACCCUUCAUGCACAACUUUGCCAUCCGGGGGUCACCCGAUUUUACCAUUUUGUGAAAGCUCGGAACCUGCCGUACUCCCUGGAGGACAUCAGGACGAUGACCAGGGACUGCCAAAUUUGUGCCGAGUGCAAACCGCACUUCUACUGUCCUGACACGGCACAACUUGUCAAGGCCACCCGCCCUUUUGAACGCCUGAGUGUUGACUUUAAGGGCCCCCUUCCCUCCACUGACCGCAAUGUCUAUUUUCUCAGUGUUAUUGACGAGUUCUCACGGUUCCCCUUUGCCAUCCCCUGCCCCGACACCACUGCCACGUCCGUCAUAAAAGCCCUGCGCCAGCUCUUCACUCUGUUCGGGUAUCCCUGCUAUAUCCACAGUGAUAGAGGGUCCUCCUUUAUGAGUGAAGAGCUGCGCCAGUACUUGCUAGCUAGGGGCAUUGCUACCAGUCGGACCACGAGUUAUAAUCCCCGGGGUAAUGGCCAGGUAGAGCGGGAGAAUGCCACAGUGUGGAAGGCCACACUUUUAGCCCUCAAGUCCAAAGGGUUGCCGGUCUCUCGAUGGCAGGAGGUCCUCCCUGAGGCACUGCACUCUAUCCGCUCUCUGUUAUGUACGUCCACCAAUGCCACCCCUCACGAACGCCUAUUCUCUUUUCCCAGGAAGUCUGUCACUGGGACCACCCUACCAGUUUGGCUGACGUCCCCGGGGCCAGUGCUGCUCCGGAAACAUGUGAGGAGCAAUAAAUACUCCCCGCUGGUGGAGAGGGUUCACCUUCUCCAUGCGAACCCCCAGUAUGCUUACGUGGUCUUACCUGAUGGGCGGGAGGACACGGUCUCCAUCCGCGACCUGGCACCCGCAGGUGCAGCAGACCACUACCCUGAAGGCUCUCCGGUAACUGUGAACCCUGCACCAGAGGUGACACCGUACUCACCAGGCCCUACACAGACUCCUCACGACACUUGUAUACCGGGCGUUUCGUACGCAUUUAUACCAGGCGCCUCGCACAUGCAUGAGGGAUCACCGGCGCCUAGUGGGCAAGAACACGCGCAACCCCCGUCCCCUGUGCAAUCGCCAAUGUUGCCGGCACCUAUGCGGUCACAGCCGGUGCUACGUAGAUCGCAGCGACAGAUUCGACCGCCUGAUCGGCUUGACUUGUAAGAACCUUCGCUACAUGAGGACUUUUCAAAUGAAGGGGGGGUGAAUGUGGUGAACUAUGUGCCUGUCGGGACACGCCCCUGCUGACUGCUCCUGUGGCUCCUCCCACAGGCCCCUGUAUAAAGGAGACCUGCGGCCUGAAGAUCGGCCUCAGUCUCCAGGACCUUGUAUGAU